AUGUCUAGAACACCCUCGCUUUCGUCCUAUGUAGGAUCAACCUCUUUCGCAUCUGAUGCGGCAUCUCAACCCACCCUUCAUACUGGCGACGCGCCUCAAUAUGAACCUAUCGGACAUGGCCUUCCACUUGAAUUUGGUCUCCGAAACAUGAACAACGAGAACAAAGUCCGAGUCUUGAAGACUCCGCGUGUGCGACGCCGCCAUAAGACCGCAAAGGGCGACAAAGCCUCAAAAAUCGAAAUUCCGGCACCCUUGAGCCAGUUAACCCAGCACCUGCACCACGUUCCAAUCAAGGAUAUGGAAGCCUGGGUGAAUCGAACAGGCGACAUUCGUCGUCGAGACGCUAAGAAGUCCGGCAAAAUCGCACGGCCUAUGAACUCGUUCAUGAUGUACCGCUCUGCUUAUGCAGAACGGGCAAAGGAAUGGUGCAAGCAGAACAACCACCAGGUCGUCUCAUGUCUCGCGGGGACAAGCUGGCCUAUGGAGCCGCCCGAGAUUCGGGAAAAAUACGAGUUGCUGGCUUUGGUUGAAAGAGACAACCAUCAAAAAGCACAUCCUGAAUACAAGUUCGCUCCGAACAAGACUCAGACGCCGCCUCGUAAGAGGCGAGCCAAUAACGACAACGGUAGUGAUGCGGACGAUUCUGCAUCUCGGAUUGCCUCCACUGAGUCCCCGAACCCUCACAAGCUGAUGAAGCUGAAGAGUGAAUAUGACAGCCGUGAAUCGACUCCAUAUGACCAGGAACCUCUGUGCACUGAGCACUACCAAGCUCGAUGGUCAGCUCCUAUUGGCCGACCUUUGCCAACACGCCUCAUAGCGCCUCACGAGCAACAGCAUCAUGGUCUAUACUACAUGAAUGCACAUGGAACAUUUGCUAACAUGAUUCGAUCUUCUGACGAUUCGCACGCGGCUGCACGGCCCACCGGUUAUGUCAUCAACAAUGGAUAUAGCGUGUCAACCAGUCUGGCGAGUAUCCCAGGAAGCAUCAACCAAGAAUUGUUGCGUCCAUAUAGCAGCAACAGCAGUACUGUGAGCACUUCCACUGCAAACAGUAGCAAUCAUAUCCUUAACAAUGGUGCCGUGGCUACUCGCAUGGAUGACAGCCAGCUAGACCCACAGCUAUUGACGUCCCACCAAGCUGGGCUUGACAUGCGUUCGUAUAACCAUGUCAACAUGUCUACAAUGUGGCCACAGCACGAUCAGGAUCUGGGUACAUAUAUGCCCAUGAGUGCUCCGAUGGGAAACAACGGUGAUUCAUAUGAUCCAUUGAACACUGGCUAUACCAUGCAACCUCUGGAAGAGGGACAGCAGGUCUGGGCGCCGUGCGGCGAGAAUGAGGGAAUCAGCGGGUGUGAGGUUGUUGGCAAAGACUUUGACCAGUGGAUUCAUAAUCAGAACCACCAUCACUAUGGUGGACCACAGUGA